AUGGCGCUAUCUAACGAUGACCAGAUCAAAGAGAUUAUUGUUAUUGGUGCAGGCGUAGUCGGCCUUACCACUGCCUUGAGAAUACAGGCCCAAGGCGCUUACCGUGUCACAAUCGUUGCAGAGACCUUCCCAACAGAUCCAAAGUCGAGCAGGUACACGAGUCACUGGGCGGGUGCACACCAUGUCAGUCAUGCUUAUGACGAUCAAAGACAGCGAAGUAUGCUGCUUUCUGACCGCCUGAACAUACAUCUUGAUCAAGAAACCUUCCAUGCUUUAUGGAAGCUAUCAGAACCAGGUGGUGAAGCCGAGGGUUGUUUCUUGCGGCAUACCCAAACUGAAUACCACGGAGACGAUCUCCUUGAUGCUGAAUGGCUUCAUUACAUGCCAGAUUUUAAAUAUCUAGAGAGUAACCAACUUCGUGGUCCAGCAAAGAUGGGUUUCUCAUUCAGCACCGUAACCAUGAAUACCCCAGCCUACCUUAACUGGCUUAUGUCUUCUUUCCUUGCAAAAAACGGGACCAUCGUGCGUGCGUCCCUGCAGCACAUCAGUCAACUCCUCGAGCGGGGAACCAGUCCAUACACGGGUGCUCAGUCGUACCGUGAUGUUGACGCUCUUGUCAUCUGUGCUGGUCUUGGCGCCCGCACGCUAGGAGGCGUUGAAGAUAAAGACGUACAUCCAAUUCGCGGGCAAACCGUGCUACUUAGAGCUCCUUGGAUCAAGUUCGGGAGGACCAUGACCGAGGCUGACGGUACGUACACUUACACGAUGCCAAGGAGCAACGGUGAUGUGCUGUGCGGCGGCACGAGAGUACCCAAUGAUUGGUACCCAAUUCCGCGUCCUGAAAUAACUGAGGACAUUCUUGCACGUGCCCUGCAACUCACCCCGGAGCUCGCACCCCCACAGACGCGCGUUGACCGUGAGCCCACCGUCGAGGACCUUCGCCCCAUCAUUAUUGAGCCAGGUUGCGGCCUACGCCCCGGGAGAAAGGGUGGCAUCAGGCUCGAAGUCGAGUGGGUUGACGCGCCCACGCGAGGUAAGGUGCCUGUGGUGUUUAACUAUGGACACUCCGGUUAUGGCUUCUUGUCGUCGUGGGGCUCAGCAAACAUGGCCUUGGAUCUGCUAGAAGGCGCCCUCAAGACGGGUGCUCCAGCGGAUGCCAUUCCUGGCGUUGAUGGUCUGCCUGAGAAUCCAGGAAACUGAGGUUUUGAGGUGGGAGAACAAUUUAUUGCACUGGCGACGCAAGGGGAGGGGUGAAUGAUUCUAUGAAUGUAGAUUUGGGUGUACGCCAAACGAUAUCGAAAGUACAAUGCGACGUUUGAAGAUAUUGCAAGGCCGAAUAUUGAAGUACUGGGAUCGACCAUGAAACGAGAUCUUGGAUUGCGUGGACUGUCCAUUUCAUCCAUAAGUUUGUAUGAAUCAAUGCUUGGACUGGCCGCCAUGGAGGAUCGACUGCAGAGUCAGCACUAUCUAAGGCCUCCUUAAGUAUCGCUAUGAAUCAGUGCUUGAACAGUCCUUACGUGGUGAAUGGGUCGAUGAUCGUCGUAUGAAAGGAGAAGUUAUCAUUUCAA